AAAACGGAUAUUUGUGCCGUAUGUGCUAUCUUAUAGAAUUAUAUGUCGUCCAGAUUUCUGCGACCACCAAUUCUGUUUGUGCUAUACGGUUGCCGUUGGCGGGUGUACGCGAAAAGAGAGAUGCAGCAAAAUAACAGUGCUUUAUCGCUCGGCUCCGGAGUUUGCGGACUUGGUAUGAACGAGAGCGACGAGCUGGCGACCCGGAACGCGGGCACCCAGCGGAACCUCUCUCUCCGUUGCUGGCUGCAGAUACUGUCAAAAGAGUCCGCCCCGGAACCGUACGGUGACAGUUCGAGCAUGACCAUGCGCAUAGCCAUCGCUCUCGUCUACCUGGUCGUGUGCGCUCUCGGACUCGUGGGCAACCUGUUGGCGCUCUAUCUUCUCCAAACGCGCCACAGGCUCAAACAGUCCUCAAUAAACUGUUUCGUCAUGAGCUUGGCCAUAACGGACCUGCAGUUCGUGCUGACGCUGCCCUUCUGGGCCGUGGACACAGCGUUGGACUUUCGCUGGCCGUUCGGCAAGGUUAUGUGCAAGAUCAUCAGCUCGGUUACAACCAUGAAUAUGUACGCCAGCGUGUUCUUCCUGACGGCGAUGAGCGUAGCGCGCUACUGCUCCCUGGCUUCCUCUUUGAGGAUGCACAGUGCCAAAAUGGCAUCAGCCGAGGUGAAAUGGGCGAGCCUCGCCAUCUGGGCCGUGUCGUUAGUUGCUACGCUCCCUCACGCCGUCUACUCCACCACUGCGCAGAUAUCCGACGACGAGCUGUGCCUCGUGCGCUUCUCCGACUCUGGCAGCUGGGACCCGCAGCUGCUGCUGGGUCUUUACCAGACGCAGAAGGUUCUGCUGGGAUUUGUCAUCCCGCUGAUCAUAAUCAGCGUUUGUUAUCUCCUGCUGCUCCGCUUCGUCCUGCGCGGGCGCGUCUGCGGCAUCCCUGGCUCGGACAGCGAAAGAGGGCUCCACAGGCGCCGCUCCAAGGUCACCAAGUCCGUCACCAUCGUGGUCCUGUCCUUCUUCCUGUGUUGGCUGCCCAACCAAGCUCUGACGCUUUGGGGCGUCCUAAUCAAGUUCGACCUGGUUCCGUUCAGUAAGGCUUUUUACAACGCCCAGGCCUACGCCUUUCCCGUCACCGUGUGCCUUGCGCACACGAACAGUUGCCUGAACCCUGUGCUGUACUGUCUCAUCCGGCGGGAGUAUCGCGCCGGUCUCAAGAAGCUGUUGCUCCGAGCCACACCCUCACUCCGUAGCCUCACCAACCUUGCGCGCAGGAAUAAGAAGGUGGCGGAGGCUCCAACCGAGUUGGCUGUGGUGCAGAUGGAGGUUGGAGUGUGAAUUAUUGUUUACCGUUCCUGGAAACGUAUGGAUAAGACGCGCGCAUGGGACGGACCUUGCAAACUCACCCGACUCACGGGACUUUUCGCGGCGUCUUCACUUUGUAACUAUCCUGAGGUUUCCACGUGCAGUCCCGCUCUCCAAGCCUCGGGCUCUGUCUUUCGUGUGUGUUGCUAAGUGAGAUGUCCAAUAAUAUCCAAGUGUAAACAAACCUCAGUUUCAUUACAGGGCUUGAUAAACUUUUGGGAUAAAAUACGGAAGUUAUUCACUGUCCUUCAUUAAGUGAAGAAUCUUAUGUUAUUAAAGGAGAAAAUACCAGAAGUAAUUUAUAACAACUCCAAAUCGUAAAAAAAAAGAAUACGCAACGAUUUCACCGCUUGACUGUAAAAAUAACAAUUUAACAAAAGAUAUCAUUCAGUAUCUUACAAACAGAAGCAGUUUCUACCUUUUUUGUUGUCCAAUGCUGUUAGAUGUUUCUUUGCUCCAACACUUGUUUACAUUGUAUAGUCAUUUUUCAUUUAGGAAGGAGCCCUUGUAUAGCGCACGCACGCACGCACGCGUACCGGAGUUUGCAGCUCUGAUCAUAAUAAACGCGUAACCACGUGGAUGCUAAGAAAACUUGAGUAUUUUAAAUGAGAAUCUAUUUUACAAAAGCUGGUCGGUUUUUUUUUUACAUGCAUUUUAUUAAUAGUUACGGUUAUGGCAAAUGGGGAGGAUUUACUUAUUUUAUUACGUAUGAGAAGUUUGAUGUGUUCGCUGACAACAUGCAUUUCAGUACAUGCAGUAUUAAUCUGAUGUUUUGAGGUUUUUCGCACAGAUACCUUUUUAAACUCACUAUCUAUGCCAGAUUAAUUGGUCUGGCUGUGUGACUGCAUGCCUCAAUGUGUAAUCUUUCCUGGGCAAAUA